AUGCAGAAGAUCACCGUGGGCGACGUCGACAUCUCACAGCUACAGACUUUAUGUCUUCUCAGUAUACUUGAGUUCACAGCUGGGAACAUCGUGCGCGCUGGGUUCUUCACGAACACAGCAAGCUACUUGAUACAAAAUGUUCGACUCAAUGGUCUUGACACCUUAGUCAAUAAUUUGGACGAGGAGAGAGACGAACGAAAGUUGUGUUAUGCAUCUAUCGUUAUGCUUCAGAACCUUCAAGGCACUGUACCAUCUCGGCACUCCGGAUCUCCCUUCGACCAGCGCUCUUCGACCUCCAUUUUUGAGGACACGACUUGGCAGGAAUCGUAUCUGAAAUCCACUGUAGAGAAGCUCGACAUCGGAAUAAUUUCAGCGAGUAUGUAUACAACUGAAUUAUGGUCAUUGGCUUGUGAAUACGCUCUUGUUCAUGACAAAAUGGACACACUACCACCUUGGCAUCCUCAGUCAGAUUAUACCUCGGUCACCUAUCGCCACACCGAACACGAAAGCUGUAUGCCGUUGCGCUUUCGUCUCCAUGCCAGUAAUUUCGCCGACCAUUCGCCUUCAGAUCUCAGUACAAAUCGCAGUUAUUGGUCCCCCUGGCUAUCCUUUCAGAUGGUCUGGCAUGCUGUGCCAUGCAUGCUCAAUCAUCCGUUUUUGCUGUCCCUCCGACUCCGCAACUUUCGCCGAACAAUGCCGCAGUCUUUCCUGCGCAUUUCUUUUGAACAGCUUACUCUGCACUCCGGCUGGAUCAUGCACUUCAUUGAGCUCAUUCAGCUGAAGGAGUUUGAGGUGUCCGAUCCUAUCAUCGGUCAUUGUGUGGCAAUUGUUGGGACCAUAUAUCUCCAGCACAGCUUCGUGGAAGAUCCCGUGUUCAGCACAAAGGCUAGAGAGGGCUUCACGCUAUGUCUUGAAUUCUUAAGAGGUCUAAGCAAGAGAUGGAGCCACGUCGAUCGAAUGGCACAAAAACUGGAACAGCUUCACAACAGUAUAUUGCCCGAGGGUGGUCUGCCGGUAGACGGGCGUCCAAGCACCCGUCAGAAAUGGACGGUCAACCCGCAAUUACUAUGGAAUAUCCUGGUAUAUUCACAUGUCAGCAAAGCCCCCAAUCCCGCCACGGAUAUUUUUGGCCCAGGGCUGGUCCAUGAUACCGCUGCUCAAUCAGAGCCUGUGUCCUCGGGCGAGAUCAGAGAGUCCGAUCUUGCCUUGAUUGGGUCUGCUGGGAUUUCGGGACAUAGGACGGUGGUCCCUGAGUGCGUGACGUAUCCUUCAGAACAGAGCGCUCACCAGCUGUCCGAAGCGUCUCGACAUCCUUCUACAGUCGAUCGAGUCAUGCACCCGACACAAAGUGUAAGUCUGGGAACGGAGGACCAAGACGACCUGUUCUUGCAGAUGCAAGAUUACGGCAAGGCCUUUGAAGAUUGGUUGAGUCUGAGUAUUCCGUAA